CCUGGUCCGGCCAUGCCUCUCCCCGGCCACCUCCUGCCUGCCUUGGUCCUGCUCCUGGCUGGGCCCCUAGGCUGGGCCUGGAUCCCCAACAACUGCAGGGUCCCCCGCGAGGCCACAUGCAACUUCGUGUGUGACUGUCCAGGCUGCUCCGAGGAGACCCAGUGUGGUUACCACGGAGCCUCGCCCGCCCUGGGCGCCCCCUUUGCCUGCGACUUCGAGCAAGACUCCUGCGGCUGGCAGGACAUCAGCACCUCAGGCUACAGCUGGCUUCGAGACCGGGCGGGAGCCGCAAUGGAGGCUCUGGGGCCGCGCUCAGACCACACUCUUGGCACGGACCUUGGCUGGUACAUGGCUGUUGGCACCCACCGUGGGAAAGAGGCCUCCACCGCAGCCGUGCGCUCCCCCGUCCUGCACGACGCAGCCCCCACCUGUGAGCUGAGGCUCUGGUACCAUGCAGCGUCUGGAGAUGUGGCUGAGCUGCGGCUAGAGCUGACACACAGGGCCGAGACCUUGACCCUGUGGCAGAGCUCCGGGCCCUGGGGCCCAGGCUGGCAGGAGCUGGUGGUGACCACUGGCCGUAUCCAGGACGACUUCCGGGUGACCUUCUCUGCCACUCGAAACGCCACCCACAGGGGCACCGUGGCCUUGGACGACGUGGUCUUCAGGGGCUGUGGGCUGCCCACUCCCCAGGCACACUGCCCCCCGGGGCAGCACCGUUGCCAGAACACGGCCUGUGUGGAGCCCCACCAGCUCUGUGACGGGGAAGACAACUGUGGUGACGGUUCCGACGAGGGCGCGCCGGCCUGCCGCCACCACACGGCCACAGACUUUGAGACAGGCCUGGGCCCGUGGAACCCCUCGGAGGGCUGGGCCCGGAACCACAGUGCCGGCGCCAGGCCCGCAGCCUGGCCUCGCCGCGACCACAGCCGGAACAGCGCGCACGGCUUCUUCCUGGUCUCCGUGGCCGAGCCCAGUGCCCCCGCCGUGCUCUCCAGCCCUGAGUUCCAAGCCUCAGGCGCCCACAACUGCUCGCUAAUCUUCUAUCACUACCUGCAUGGGUCCGAGGACGGUUACCUCCAGCUGUUCCUGCAGACCCAGAGCCUGGGCUCCCCCCAGGGCCCCGUCCUGCUGCGCAGGCGCCAUGGGGAGCUGGGGGCCGCCUGGGUCCGAGACCGGGUUGACAUCCAGAGCGAGCACCCCUUCCGGAUCCUGCUCACUGGGCACACGGGCCCGGGCGGCGUCGUGAGCCUGGAUGACCUCAUCCUGUCGGACCACUGCCAGCCGUCCCAGGUGGGCCUGCCGAGCCCUCCCCCCCCAGGGAAGCGCCACCCCUGCCCACCUGACCCCUAUUCUGCCCCCACAGAGGGGCCCAGCCCGCCUGCUGGGCUCUGGGCCCCCGCCCCCCGGCCCCAGGACUUCUGCGAGCCAGGACAUCUUUCCUGUGGGGACCUGUGUGUCCCCCCGGAGCAGCUCUGUGACUUCCAGCAACAGUGCCAGGGGGGCGAGGAUGAGCAGGAAUGUGGCAGCACGGACUUCGAGCCCCCCGCGGCCGGGGGCUGGGAAGAUGCCAGUGUGGGGCGGCUGCAGUGGGGGCGUCUCCGCGCCCAAGAGAGCGGGGACCCUGGCUCGGAUGCCGGCGGGGCUGCUGCUGGGCACUUCCUGUCCUUGCAGAGGGCCUGGGGACAGCUGGCAGCAGAGGCCCGGGUCCUCACUCCCCCCCUGGGCCCCUCGGGCCCCCGCUGUGAGCUCCACAUGGCUUACUAUUUCCACAGUUACCCCCAAGAGGUCUCCUGUAACUUUGAGCGGGACACUUGCGGCUGGCACAGCGGCCACCUCACAGAUGCCCACUGGCGCCGGAUCCAGAGCCGUGGCCCCGGGUACGACCACACCACGGGCCAAGGCUACUUCUUGCUCCUGGACCCCACGGACCCCCCAGCCCGGGGCCCUGGUGCCCACCUGCUCACCCAGCCCCAGGCCCCAGCAGCCCCUCAGGAGUGUCUCUCCUUCUGGUACCACCUCCACGGGCCCCAGAUCGGAACACUGCGCUUGGCAGUGAGGCGGGAAGGGGAGCCAGAAACUGUCCUGUGGUCACGGACCGGCACCCAUGGCAACCGCUGGCUCGAGGCCUGGGCCACCCUGCACCACCAGUCAGGCUCUGGCGCCAAGUACCAGCUGGUGUUCGAGGGCCUCCGUGACGGCUACCACGGCACCAUGGCACUGGACGACGUGGCCGUGCGGCCCGGGCCCUGCUGGGCCCCCAGGCGGUGCUCCUUCGAGGACUCGGCCUGUGGCUUCUCCAGCGGGGGCCAAGGCCUCUGGACACGCCAGGCCAAUGCCACGGGCCACGCCUCCUGGGGCCCCCGCACUGACCACACCACAGAGACGGCUCAGGGGCACUACAUGGUGGUGGACACGAGCCCACAGGCCCUGCCCCGUGGCCACGUGGCCUCCUUGACCUCAGAGGAGCACCCGCCUCUGGCCCAGCCUGCCUGCCUGACCUUCUGGUACCACCUGAGCCUCAGAAACCCAGGCACCCUGCAGGUCCAUGUGGAGGAGGCCGAGAGGCAUCAGGUGCUCAGCGUCCGUGCCCACGGAGGGUUUGCCUGGCGCCUGGGAAGUGUGGAUGUGCAGGCCGAGAGGGCCUGGCGGGUGGUGUUUGAGGUGGUGGCCGCCGGCGUGGAGCACUCCUAUGUCGCGCUGGACGACCUGCUGCUCCAGGAUGGGCCCUGCCCCCAGCCAGCUUCCUGUGACUUUGAGGCCGGCCUGUGCGGCUGGAGCCACCUGCCCUGGCCCGGCCUGGGAGGGUAUAGCUGGGACUGGAGCAGUGGGGCCACACCUUCUCGCUACCCCCAGCCCCCUGCGGACCACACUCUGGGCACAGAAGCAGGCCACUUCGUUCUCUUUGAAACGGGUGUGCUGGGCCCAGGGGGCCGGGCAGCCUGGCUGCGUAGCCAGCCUCUGCCCCCCACCGAGGCCUCCUGCCUCCGCUUCUGGUACCACAUGGGCUUUCCAGAGCACUUCUACAAGGGUGAGCUGAGGGUGCUCCUCAACAGCGAGCGGGGCCAGCUGACCGUGUGGAGCACGGGCGGGCCCCUGCGGCACCAGUGGCUGGAAGGCCGGGUGCAGGUGGCCAGUGCUGAGGAAUUCCAGGUCGUGUUUGAAGCCACUCUAAGCGGCCAGCCAGCCCUGGGGCCCAUUGCCCUGGACGACGUGGAGUAUCUGGCCGGGCAGCACUGCCAGCCGCCCACAUUCAGCCAGGGGGAAACGGCACUGGCCACGUCGGUGCCAACCGUGGUCGGCAGCGCCCUCCUGGCCCUCGUCCUCCUGGUGCUGCUUGGACUCGGGGGACGGCACUGGUUGCAGAAGAAGGGGGGCUGCCCGUCCCGGGGCGAGACGGCGGCCACGGCCCCGGGCUUCGACAACAUUGUCUUCAAUGCGGAUUGCGUCACCCUGCCGGCUUCGCUCUCCGGCCACCAGUAGAUGACCCAGACUGGCUCCCCACGCGAGCAUCCCCCACCCCGCCGGGCCCCCAGCCCGGGGAGUAACACCUGCCCCUCCCCCAGGACGCACUGAGCCCCCGAGCCGUCAGCCGGCACAGAGACUGUCAGCCACGUACCUGGGGAUGGUCCUCACCACCAAUAAAUGCCCUGGACUGUGAGGGCACCCCCACUUACUAGCUGA